CCUUAUCUGUUGCGUGCUCGGUAUCGCCUGCCGCCGUGCCUAACACGUUGCGGUCCGUGCAGAUCUCUCGCAGACGAGAUAUGUCGGCUUUCGGCCGCUGGCGAUACCGUUGAUGUUGGCCCCGGCGAGUAAAAAAAAAAGAAUUUGGCUCGGCAGAAACCACAACAGGCGAACGAACGGCCACUUGUUGCGUUCAGGCUUACGUCCCUGAUGCGUGGUGGGCCGCGUAAAUUCAAAUUGGUCCCUCUUUUGUAACGCGAGCCGUAUGUUGCGAGGCGGCUUGCGCACGGCUUCAGGCCAGUGUAAGAAAGCGUUUGCUGUUGAGCGACGUUUCUCUGCGCCGAUCGGCACAAAUCGCGUUUCGGCCUUCCUUUACGUAACCUACUAGCGUACACCGCUUUGUUUUCAACGUCGUUCGUGACGUUCCUUUUCAUUUUUUUUUCAUUUAAGCUAAUAAAACGUGUCCUGCCUGGCCGAAAUAAAUUUCGCGACAAGUGGUUCGCCUGAAAUUUCUCUCGAACCGUGAAUAUGCGAUGCCAGUGUAGGUUAUUCAAGUUGCCUUGCGUCGUUACUCGGCACAUUAAAGUGUGCUACAGACACUUUGGCCAACCAUGCUCAACGGAAGCAGCAAGUCACGUGAGACGCUCAAGGAGUUUCUCCGGAAGCGGGUCGAAUCGCACCCGGGCAUCUCUAUCCAGAAGCUGACCGGCCACCUGUCGCAGCUUCCCGCCGACAUCCGCAUGAAGUACGGCGGCAAUGUUGAUUCCAUUCGCAGGGUGCUCGAACAGUUCCCCGAGAUCUUCAUAAUCCGCAACCACGAUCAGGUGCAUGUCUCGACUUCGAAGGCCUCCAGCAAACAGGCUGGAACGUCGUCGUCUGCCGGGGGUAGUGACGAUGAAACCACCACGUUAACUGGCGCGAAAGGAAAAGUGUAUCGGCUGUUCAAGACUUACGGGUUCAUUUCUGUGCAGCAUCCAAUUAGCACAAGCGUCUACUUCAGCCUGCGCUCGUUUGAAAACGGACAGCAUUCAAGUCUACUUUCGUCUGGCCUUCAGCUCGGUGAUGGUGUUGUUGUUGAUGCGGAGGUGGGUCCCAAUGACUGUGAGGCCAAGUUUCGCGCUAGCCGAGUGUCGCGUAUUAAGGGUGGAAGCGCAGCUUCGCCGUCUGAUUCGUCAUCGCCAGCACCACAGACUACAGUGUUUACACCGCUUGUGAACAGAAUUGGUGCCAUAGAGACCCUAAAAGAUGAGUUUGGUUUUAUCAAAUUGGAAAAAGAACAGGAAUGUGCAUUUUUUCAUGCGGCCGAAAUAGAAAGGUAUCUUGGGACAGCUGUGCCUGCGCUGCCAGAAGUGCUGGCAGUCGGGGACAAAAUUCGUUUCGAUGCCGACCUCAACAAAAACACAACUGCGAGGGCCAAGUGGGUGGUGACUACCAUACACAACAUACAAAAUGUGCCUCCAUGCAAUUCUGGAAGUGAGACUGAAGGCAGUGAAAUCGCUCCAGGCACCAUCAUCAAGCGAGACGGACUGAUACAAAUGGUUAAACCUGAGUUUGGCUUCAUCAAGUUUGGUACUAACUACCGUGACCGUGCCUUCUUUCACCUCAACAAUGUAGUGAUGCCUCCACGCGACACAAUCAAGAGCCUGCCCGAUGUGUUUGCCAUCAAUGACCGAGUGCUCUUUGAAGCCAAGCCGAGCCAGAAGCCUUCCGAGAAGGUCAAAUGGCAGGCAACGACAGUUUGGCUUAGUGAGUUUGGGUCUAAAGGCGAUGGCCUCGAUUCCGCCGAUGAAAGUGGUAAUGAGGUCUUCCUCUCGGAUGAUGAGUCGGACAUUAUGGACCUGAUACAGGUGCGACUGGCUGCUGACACUGACAGUGAGACGGAGGAUGACAUUCUAGGUGCCGGCUCGAAGCUACCUUGUGCCUCUUCGCACACAAUAGUUGAUGGACUGAAGCAGUACUUGCAGGGUCCUGUUAGUCCUGAUCUAUUGCCGAUAUCAAAGGACCCCAAACAUUUGUUCAGCGACUUUCACAAGGAUGACGGCUUUAGCCAGGUGCCCCAGGCAGUUGAGCCAUAUAUUGUCAUCUAUCGUGGUGCCACUGGCUUUGUGACAAACGUCACAGACUAUAGUGCUACUGUAGAAGUCCAUGACCAAGCAAAUUCUGUGGAGCCGAAGAAGGUGGAUUUCCUCAGUAGUGUUUUUUAUCGUGAUGGGGAGCUGUGUACAAAGGGACUAUGUCAAGUGCUUGGGAAAGGAGACGCAGUGGCGCUGGACUUCAUGGUGGGGAGCAACGGACCGCAUGAGGAGGUGCGGUGUGACCUGGUGUGGCAAGGGUUGCGGCCUGAGGGUGUCAUUCAGAUGAGUGCGGAGGAGUUCUGCCGUCGGCUUAAGAUCAAGGUGCCCCCCGUGCGUCACCAAGGGUCCUUGUAUGAGGACUUUCAGCGAGAAAUGCAGGAGGCAGGCCACCGCAUGUCUGCGCACCCAAGUGUGUCGGACAUCAACCCACACCGGCGAAGAAACAACCACAGUCCACCAUCUUUUGCACCGACGUCCAGCGAAGCAUCCCCAUCAUCACCAUCGGGGAGCAUUCAUGGGGACCAUGCUAUGCCUAAUGGCAUUUGUGUUGGAAAUACUCUGGCAACCAGCUCGUUCUUUUCCAACGACAUAAGUGAAAGUGUGCUUCGUCGUGUUGCCAGAAUCAUGGCACAAGAACUUCAUGCGCUGCAGCAACAGGACCGGUUGGCGAAGGGUGCGGUUCGGGACGUGAGCACGCAGACCACAGAACGCGGUGUUCGUCCACUUCCGUGAGAAGACUCCAACACCAGGAGGACACUUCAAAUCAAUAUGGCACCGGUGCUCUCCCGCGUGCUUGACGAGCAUUGGCAUUACCGUCGUCACAUCGUGCCUUGAAAAGUGGGAAAAAGAUUUUGUGUAGUUGCCAUGGUUAGUUGUGCCUUGGGGGAAUUUUUGGUGUGACAUUGAAAUGGGAGGAACCUGGUUCCAUGGGCCUGCUUCCUUUUCUUUUUCUUUUUCUUCUCUUUCAUUCCUGAUGCAAUUAUCUCGGUCAUGCGGUGUUUUGCCCGCUAACAAUUCUACGAGAACUAGUACUCUGUCACUGAUGACUUAUUGUGUUUGCAAGAUUGGCUGCCUUCAGUGUUGGAGUUGCAAGCCGCAACUUUUCAUGGAACCACCAACACUAAUCUGUGCGUUCCACGUGAAGUAGCAUGGUUUGAUGUGUGUGUGUGCGUGUUGUUUUCGAGGGUGUAUGGAGGAGGGGUAGGGUGGGGCAGUUUUCAAGAUAGGCAACCCUCGCUGUUGAAGUUGUGUUCAAGCAGUGAAUUGAACCAGCAAAGCGUUUCCUGUUCUGUAGUUCUCUGCUCUGUACUAAUAAGCAUGUAUUACUCAAUGAUCACUGUCAGGGUCAUAGCAAAUGAAUUGUCCAUAAGAUGAGUAAGUUUCAUUGCAGUGUCUUUGGCUGCUGUGUCAAAAGAGAUGAGGAUAUUGUUCGCAUGAUUGGCUAGCAUUGAGUUUGUAACUGCACAUAAACUGUUGGUAUAAGGCGCUAAAUUAUAGCCGGCACAAUGCACACGAAGUUGGGCAGAUAAGCACAUAAUUUGUGACGCUAACUGCGAUUUUUAAAAAAUCUUUUGUGAAGAAAGUGAAAUUAGCAUAUUUCAUAGAGGGUAUGAGGUCAUGUCAGGCCCUUUAAGUGUGUAGUUGACUUUAUUGGCUGCUUUGGCAUUUCGGAGUUAUUGGCAUUUGAGGAGUUAGAGGAAUGAAGACAUCUAUUUAUGAACUAGUUCUGUGUCAAACACGCACAAGUAUAUAUUUAAAUAUACUGGCUGACCUCAGUGUCGAAAUUUAUCUGAAUGGGAAAGAUGAAAUAGGAGAAAGGAUGAAAUAGUAAAACAUUUGAUGAGCAUAUUUCAGUGUGAUGUAGAUAGGCGUAUAUUUCACGAGUUCGACAGCUGUCGGUGCUUUCGUUUGUUAGUAUACUGUUAAUAAGAUGAGUGAAAUAUUCGCUACAGUUCGCAUAAAAUUUGCUCUCUUGUGUGCACAUGAAUGACAAUAUUGGUCACCAUUUAUGAUGGCAUUGCAAGCAGAUAAAAUUGGUAUCAAUAAUAUGUAUAAACGUAUCUUAUGCGAAGUAAUACUGUUCUAAAUAUAACUGAGCACGUAGUUUACAGUAGUAGCUCUCACCUGUACAACAUUAUUAGCGAAUCACUUAUGGAUUUAGUAAAAUUUGGCUGCUAAUGGUGUAAUAGAACACCAGAUUCUGAGGGUUCUGUGGUCACUGUUUUUUCUGCCUAGCCUGUUGUUUGCUGUUUGCAGUCUGCGUCAAACCAACUAACUCAACAAUGCGUUUUGAGCGUGUGACGAAAUUACUUGAUGUAUUUCAUCUGCUGUAAAGUCAUAAUUUGCUUAACAUUAUUAAACGUGUAGUUUAUAAAUAGUGGCUGCUUUCUGUGUUAAAAUUACUAACGAACUGCUUAUACAACUAUUAAAGUUGGCCUGCAAAUGGUGUUCGAGAACUCGCAAGUCUUAAAGGCUUCUUUGUCAUCCUAUCUUCUUUGUCCGGUCUGUUCGCUUUCACCAUUUGCACUCAGCCGAACUUGAUAACUCAGCAGUGCAGUUUGGUGAAAUUAUUUGGCAUUACUCGGCAUAUUUCUUUUUCUUUUGUUGUGAAGUCAUACUCUGCUGUACAACAGGGAGCAAGUAGUUUUUGAUCAAAUCAAAUCAUAUUUUUUUUUGGCUGUUACCAGUGAUGAAGUUUCAACUUUACUGUGAAUGAAUUGAGUGAUGUUGAUUGACGUGGAAGCAGGCGUGCAUGGAACCAUGUUCCAUCUUGUUCAUCCUUCUUUUUUUCUUUUUGGUACUCACUUUUAGAUUUUAUUCGUGACAGAAGUCUUGCUGGCAGACAGUCAGGCCUUUGGUGUGCUUGUUAAACACGCUCCAUGGCGAUCCUCCCCGCACCAUGUGCCAAAAUGUGAAUCGAACGAUGAGGAGGCAGACGUAAUUUUGCAGGCCAGAACGUUGAGUCGGGAUUCCCAAAUGUGCUUUCACACAACGCCAAGAUCUUUAUUGUUUUUGUUUUAUUUUCUACAAUGGGUGUUGUUAUAGGCUUGCGACGUAUAUGGAUUUUCUUGCUCUACAUUAAUUUCAGAUUUGUACAGACUUCUACAUUGUACAACAAUAUUGUUAUUUUUUUCUUCCUUUUUUUUUUUUACAGAAUGAAUUUCCAAAGUGCUCAAGAUUGUAAGGUUCCAAUGAUAUGUGCAUGUUUUUUUUUAAGCAUUGACAUGUGUUGUCUUUACUAUGUGACAUGAGAACGCUUGUGUGUUAAAUAAAGGUGAAACCUCCAUGUC